GGGAGCGAGCCUCGGAGUAGCUGAGACUGAGGGGGAGUGAGAGAGCGACGCAGGGAAUCAGGGUGCGCUUCGGAGAACGGAAUCUGACUGCAUGUGGAUCUCCGGCUCUGCGAGUUCCCCUCGGUCGCCGUGAGAGGCCAGGAAGACUCAGUUCUCCGAGGGCCAUGGCUGGCUUUGUCGAAGCGCUCCAACGCGACCUGCUGCCGUGCCGCUGCAGCUGCCUCUGACGGCCCUGUCGCCUUUUUUAUGGGAACUACGUCGUGCGAGCGCUCUCGGAGAUAGCGAGACAAUGGCGAACAACUCAUACAGCGGGGUGAAGAACUCCAUCGUGGAGGCCAACCACGAUGGCGACUUUGGCUGCACGCUCAAAGAACUGCGCUCCCUCAUGGAACUACGAGGCGCCGAGGGCCUGAACAAAAUCGGGGAAUCUUAUGGGGACGUUCACGGCCUCUGCAACCGCUUAAAAACCUCGCCAACGGACGGUCUAAGUGGGCAGCCUGCAGACAUCGAGAAGCGGAAAACAGUGUUUGGGCAAAAUUUGAUACCGCCCAAAAAGCCCAAAACGUUCUUGCAAUUAGUGUGGGAGGCGCUGCAGGAUGUCACGCUGAUUAUCCUGGAAGUGGCAGCCAUAGUUUCACUUGGCCUUUCUUUUUAUAGACCUCAAGAUGCCGAAAGAGAAGACUGCGGCAAGGCCGCGGGCGGCGCGGAGGACGAGAACGAGUCGGAGGCGGGCUGGAUCGAGGGCGCCGCCAUCCUGCUGUCGGUCAUCUGCGUGGUGCUGGUGACGGCGUUCAACGACUGGAGCAAAGAGAAGCAGUUCCGAGGCCUCCAGAGCCGCAUCGAGCAGGAGCAGAAGUUCACCGUGGUCCGCGGCGGGCAGGUCAUCCAGAUCCCCGUGGCAGAAAUAGUCGUCGGUGACGUCGCGCAAAUAAAAUAUGGGGACCUUUUGCCCGCCGAUGGCCUCCUCAUCCAAGGCAACGAUUUGAAGAUCGACGAGAGCUCGCUCACAGGGGAGUCGGAUCAUGUCAAGAAGAUGCAAGAAAGAGAUCUCAUGCUGUUAUCAGGCACCCACGUGAUGGAGGGCUCGGGGAAAAUGGUUGUCACGGCAGUGGGCGUCAACUCUCAAACUGGAAUCAUUUUCACCCUGCUCGGUGCCGCCGAGGAUGACGACGACGACGACGAGGACGAAAAGAAGAAGGAAAAAGAGGAGAAGAAGAAACAGAGGAAAAACAAGAAGCAGGAUGGCUCCAUUGAAAAUCGAAAGAAAGCAAAAGCACAGGACGGCGCCGCCAUGGAGAUGCAACCUCUAAACAGCGACGAGGGAGCGGACGCGGAGGAGAAGAAGAAAGCCAACCUGCCAAAGAAAGAGAAAUCCGUACUCCAGGGCAAGCUGACCAAACUUGCCGUGCAGAUCGGCAAAGCAGGAUUGGUGAUGUCGGCCAUCACCGUGAUCAUCCUGGUGGUGCUGUUUGUGGUCGACACCUUUUGGAUUCAAAACCUGCCCUGGGUCAAGGCCUGCACGCCCAUCUACAUUCAGUUCUUUGUCAAGUUCUUCAUCAUCGGCGUCACCGUGCUGGUGGUGGCCGUCCCCGAAGGCCUCCCGCUUGCCGUCACCAUUUCCCUGGCGUACUCUGUCAAGAAAAUGAUGAAAGACAACAACCUGGUGCGCCACCUGGACGCCUGCGAGACCAUGGGCAACGCCACGGCCAUCUGCUCGGACAAGACCGGGACGCUCACCAUGAAUCGCAUGACCGUGGUCCAGGCGUACGUGGCCGAGAAGCACUACAAGAAGGUGCCGGACCCUGAGAACAUCCCCGCCUCCAUUUUAGACUUCCUGAUUCUGGGGAUAGCUGUCAACUGCGCCUACACCACCAAGAUCAUGCCUCCAGAGAAAGAAGGCGGGCUGCCUCGGCAAGUGGGGAACAAGACCGAAUGUGCCUUGCUGGGAUUUUCCACUGACCUCAAGCGCGACUACCAGACCAUCCGCAACGAGAUCCCUGAGGAGAAGUUGCACAAGGUGUACACCUUCAACUCCGUGCGCAAGUCCAUGAGCACGGUGCUGAAGAUGGCUGACGGCAGCUUCCGGAUGUUCAGCAAGGGCGCCUCAGAAAUCCUCCUCAAAAAGUGCUAUAAAAUCCUGACAGCGUCCGGCGAGUCAAAAGUGUUCCGCCCGCGGGACCGCGACGACAUGGUGAAGAAAGUGAUCGAGCCCAUGGCCUCGGAAGGCCUGAGGACCAUCUGCCUGGCGUACCGAGAUUUCACCGUGACGGACGGCGAGCCCGACUGGGACAACGAAAACGACAUCCUGACCGGGCUCACUUGCAUCUGCGUGGUGGGCAUCGAAGACCCAGUGAGGCCCGAGGUCCCGGACGCCAUCAGGAAGUGCCAGCGCGCGGGCAUCACGGUGCGGAUGGUAACGGGCGACAACAUCAACACGGCGCGCGCCAUCGCCAGCAAGUGCGGCAUCCUGCAGCCCGGAGACGACUUCCUCUGCCUGGAGGGCAAAGAGUUUAACCGGCGGAUACGCAACGAAAAGGGAGAGAUCGAACAAGAGCGCAUUGACAAGAUCUGGCCCAAACUGCGAGUGCUGGCUCGUUCUUCCCCGACCGACAAGCACACUUUAGUCAAAGGUAUUAUUGACAGCACCGUUGCCGAGCAGAGGCAAGUUGUCGCCGUCACGGGGGACGGCACCAACGACGGUCCCGCCCUGAAGAAAGCCGACGUGGGCUUUGCCAUGGGUAUCGCCGGCACCGACGUGGCCAAGGAGGCGUCGGACAUCAUCCUAACCGACGACAACUUCUCCAGCAUCGUCAAGGCCGUCAUGUGGGGACGCAACGUGUACGACAGCAUUUCCAAAUUCCUGCAGUUUCAACUGACCGUCAACGUGGUGGCCGUUAUCGUGGCCUUUACGGGCGCCUGCAUCACGCAGGACUCUCCGCUGAAGGCGGUGCAGAUGUUGUGGGUCAACUUGAUCAUGGACACGUUCGCCUCCCUGGCGCUGGCCACGGAGCCGCCCACGGAGGCCCUGCUGCUCAGGAAGCCGUAUGGCCGCAACAAGCCUCUCAUCUCUCGCACCAUGAUGAAGAACAUUCUGGGCCAGGGCGUGUACCAGCUGGUCAUCAUCUUCACGCUGCUCUUCGCCGGAGAGAAGAUGUUUGACAUCGACAACGGCAGGAAGGCGCCCCUCCGAGCGCCGCCCUCGGAGCACUACACCAUCGUCUUCAACACCUUCGUCCUGAUGCAGCUGUUCAACGAGAUAAACGCCCGCAAGAUCCACGGCGAACGCAACGUCUUCGAGGGCAUCUUCAACAACCUCAUCUUCUGCAGCAUCGUCUUCGGGACCUUCAUCAUCCAGAUCGUCAUCGUGCAGUUUGGAGGAAAGCCGUUCAGCUGCGUGGCGCUCACCAUCGACCAGUGGCUCUGGUGUACUUUCCUGGGCUUCGGCUCGCUCCUGUGGGGCCAGGUCAUCUCCUCAAUACCGACCAGCCGCUUAAAGUUCCUGAAGACGGCGGGCCACGGCACGCAGAAGGAGGAGAUCCCCGACGAGGAGCUGGAGGAGCUGGACGACAUGGAGGAGAUCGACCACGCCGAGCGGGAGCUCCGCCGCGGCCAGAUCCUCUGGUUCCGUGGCCUCAACCGCAUCCAGACUCAGAUGGAUGUAGUGAGUGCGUUCCAGAGCGGAACUUCCUUUCAGGGGGCUCUGAGGCGGCAGGCCUCCAACUCCAGCCAGCAGCAGCAGCACGAUAUCCGUGUGGUGAACGCAUUCCGCAGCUCCAUCUCCCUCUAUGAGGGCCUGGAGAAGCCCGAGUCACGGAGCUCCAUCCACAACUUCAUGACCCACCCCGAGUUCCGGAUAGAGGACUCGGAGCCGCAUAUUCCCCUCAUAGACGAUACGGACGCCGAGGACGACGCGCCCACCAAGCGCAACUCGGCCAGCCCUCGCAACACCUCCCCCGCGCCGCCGUCGCCGGCCAGCGCCGCCCCGCCUUUCCCCAGCCCCGCCCUCAGCGCUGCCUCCCCGAACCAGAACAAUAACGCCGUGGAGAGCGGCAACCACCUCCUCCCUGAGGCCACCAAAGCGGGUGGGCCCUCCUUGCCGGGCAGCCCUCUACACAGCCUGGAGACCUCCCUUUGAUCGCAAAGCACGCCCACCUCCCUGAAAGGCACCUUACCACUUUUCUACACCGGGAGGGGGCGGGGAGCGAACUGGUGAGCUGCGCUGGGCGGGGCUGGACGAACAUUGGGAGGAAUGUAAACGAUUUGCGUGGAUGCUUUGAUUUUCUCGUUUUUCUUCGCUUCUUAAACCACAUCAAGACUCCAACCCCCCUUACUUGACAACCCCCCCCCCCAACCCCCCUUUGGUUUGUCUGGCUGGACAAAGCCGUGAUUAUAAACUCUUGAUUGAAAGUGACCUGUUUUUCUUAUUCUAUUCUUAUUAUUAAUAUUAUUUGAAUUGCGACGAAGAGUAAGAGGGGGAGGAGGUCCUUGCGACUUGAAGACGACAGAACCUUUUUUUUUUGCUUCUUUUAAUCUCAAUGGUGUUGUAUAUUUAGCUCUUUGGCCCUCGCUCACACACACACACACACACACAUACAAAACUAGUUUCUGCUUCAUUUGGCUGUUAAUAUUUUGACUUAUUUAUGUUCAUGGAGGAAAAAAGCAGGUCUGUUUACAAAGUUUGUAGAUACUUUUUUUUCUGUUUGAAGGCAAAAGAGCUUCCUGAUUUAUGAUGCAGAAAACUGGGACAGGUUUAAAAAAAAAAAAAAAAAAACUGAGAAGAUUAUUUCAGAUACUGCUGUAUUUUCAGGAAAAAAAAAGGUGUUUCUAUUGAAACUUAUGUAUUUUUGCCUGCAAGUUGUAUUUGUUAUAUAUUUGUAGAUAAAGAUAGAAACUUCUAGCCAAGCCAAUAAACACUAAGUCUUGUAUAGAGAGGAGGUCCGCCCGGUCCGGUCCGGUCCGGUCCGGUCCCCGAUGAUAUGUUUUGGAGCAUCGCUAUAAAUAUUUACUCUCUACUCUCCACGUGCACAAAAAAGUUUCCGGGGAAAGAAAAAAAAAAACACUCAAAAAAAAGAAAUCCUCAUUUUCAUCUGUUAUGUUGUGUUGAAAGAUUUCCACGUGUUGAAAGCUUCUCACCAGGGAAAGAAAAAAGGGAGUACGCGGGGCUCGUAUUUAGCAAGCGUGGCCUCUUUGAAACGCAUUCAGAACAAGCUGACACACUUUUACACGUUUUCUUUGCACAAACGGGAACGACACAACUUGGGUUCAAUUGAGACUAAAUUAGCCAGUGAAUGUGCCUUGGCUCGAGUCACCGUUCAAGCUUGACCAACCCUGCGGAUGCUUGCUAAAUAUAGACCCCCACCCCUUGUUUUACUUCUUUAAAUAAUGUGUACUUAACAUUUUUAGUGUUUCUCAGCCCCCCUUUCACAGAUGCAACUUCCAAAAUGUUCCACCCUCCCCCCCAACACACAUUACAUACACACAGAAGAACCAUUUUUUUGGACACCUGAUGUACUGGAAACACUAUAAAGGAGCUAUUUUUUUUUCUCCCCCCCCUCCCUCUUUUUUUUUUAAGAAUAAAGACAAGGCAAACACUGGUAUCUAUCUGCACAGGGUACUUUAUUUCCUAGCAAGAGUUUUGAUACAGAAACAACAAAUGUACCUUUGUAUUUUUAUGACGAUAAACUGAUUUAUUGAGCUUUCACCGUGCUCACGAGACAGUUUGCGGAGGGUUUGACAGUGCGGGGAGGCCACUCAAUGCGUGUGUUCUGGAACAUUCAUCUCAGGGUGCAAAUUGGUGUGAGGGAGAGAGAACAGGCCUCUUUUUUUCUCUUUUACAUUUUUUUUUUUUUGGGUUCUUUUCUCUCUUUGGUUCGGUAGCUGCACGUUCUUCCUGCAGCCCCCUUUGGCAGUCUUCACCCGGAGGCGUGUGGAAUAAACAUUGUGAGGGAGCUGGCCUGUUGUCCUUGUUUGGUUUUACAGAUAUGACAAAAUAGCAGCUAGGAAGACCCUUGAAAACACACACACACACAAAAAAAAAGCAGAAUCCAUACCAGGAGUUUGUUCUGUAGCUUCUUCCUGUGAGACACAGGAAUGAAUGUCGUUGUUUUUCCAUUUGUUUUAUGGAUUAUUAUUUUUUUAUCUUUUAACAUUUGGAAAUAAAAGUACUUUGUGUCUGUUUAUCUUGAGCAUUUUAAAUGAAUAUCGUGAUUGGAUUUACAUUUGAAACUUGUCGAGUAAUGUGUAUGGUUUUUAAAAAUAAAUAAUGUAUUUAGCCUACAAGUGGUGGCCCUGUUACUC